AUGGAACAAAAAAUUAAAUUAAUAUUUUUUAGUAAAUUUUGUAUGUUUAUCCUUUUAAAUUGGAUUUGUCAUUUUUACAAUGAUAUGCAUAUGCCUAACAAUUACGUACUUGAGUACAUCAUCAGUAAAAUAUUAGUUACAAGAACUUAUCGAUUACUAGGAAAACAUGUACAAGAAAAUAGUUUAAAUAAAAUAUUAAAUUGUAGUAUUCCAAGCAUUGGAAUAUAUGAAGAGAAAGACUCUUUUAAUGAUAAAUUAACCAAAAGUUAAAAUAAAAAAACAAACGAAUCUUCAUUAAAUAAUAUCAAAGGCUGUGAACAAGGAAGAAGAAAUACAUCUUCUAUAUGCACUAAAGGAGAUUCUUAUUCUAAAGAAAUAAAGAUAUAUAAUAAAAAUUCUCUAAAUAAUAUUAGGGGUGUUACGAAUGCUAAUAAAAAGUAUUUAAGAAAGAAGGCAGAAGAUAAAUAUAAAAUGUUUUCUUUUUUUCCUGGGAUUUUUUCAUUAGUUGGAUCAGUAAUUUUUUUGAUUCUUUAUAUAUCAAUGUAUAUGUAUAAUUCAGUAAAAUCACCAUUAAUUUUAUACCGGUAA